AUGAGCUGGCUGAAUGUACAGAAGACAAUCUACAGACCUCAUUCAUGGAGGAUAUGGAUCGGAAAAAAAAGGAUACUGUCGGCACUGGGAAUCUGGAGAGGCAUUGACAGAUAUGAGGCAAUCCAGUCACGGCAAAUGGCGAUUCGACAGUCUCAUCUGCAGCCAUGGAAGGGGGACAACCCAAAUAUCACGAUAAGGUCCAACGUUGUCUCUGGUAUUAGGAGGAAAUGUUCGGGACUGUUAUUUUAUAGAGGGCACAAUUCUACGAAGUAA